CGUUACAUUAUCUGAGAUAUAAUAAAUACGUUUCGCAGUUUUUGCACGGAGUAGAAAAGAAAACGAACAAAUUACCAUGAUUAUUUAUAACUUACAUCACCCAGAAACAUUUCUCGAGAACAUGUUGGCAUUUUAAUCAUUCACAGAAUCUUUGGUCGAUAGACGUAUAUCAAAAAUUAGUUCAUAUUAAAUAAAAUAGAAAUUUCGUUUCUAGUAUGGACAAUAUCAUCUUUACACAAGAGGGCGGCAGCGUUUAGAAUGUAUGUGACGCUUCUUUUUCAAAGUAAAUGAAAGAUGGAUAAUAAGUAUUGCUACCGUUACGUUGUAUUUGUGCUGCUAUUGAUUCUGGCUGUGGGAGAUAUACAGAACGAAAGUUUACGAGAAACAGUAAUAUCUACGCGAAUUGGUUCUUUGAAAGGAAUAACACAGGUUGUUAAAUUUGACGGAAAAUUUAAAAACGUAACAAGCUUUCUUGGAAUUCCGUAUGCCAAACCGCCAAUUUUCGAAAGACGAUUCUCUCGACCGGAACCGUAUGGUGAUCUGAAAAAUGUUCCUAUAUAUAACGCUACGUAUUACAGGCCACAUUGCAUCCAACCUCUCGCAACAUACUUCUAUAUGCAAUAUUUCAACCAAAGUGAGGAUUGUUUGUUCUUAAAUAUCUUUAUACCUGGAAGUUCUGCUCCACUUCACAACAACACGUUCGCAGUUAUGAUAUAUAUUCACGGCGGAAGUUUUGCCGUAGGCGGAGCUGAUGUUUAUUCUGGAGAUAUGCUUAGCCCGUUUAAUGACGUCAUUGUUGUUACUAUAAAUUACCGUUUGAAUGUAUUCGGCUUUCUUAGCAGUGGGGAAAAAUAUUCAGGAAACUAUGGACUCUGGGACAUGAAGCUUGCGAUCCAAUGGGUACACGAUAAUAUUAAAGACUUCGGCGGAGAUCCUACCAGGGUUACAUUGUUUGGAAAUUCCGCCGGGGGAGGUGCUGUUCUUUUCCAGGCAAUUAACCCAAGCAAUCGAGGUCUCUUUCAAAGAGUUAUAGCACAGAGUGGAACAUGUUUUGCGUUCUGGGCUCUACAAGAAAACCCUGCAGACAAUUUCAACUGGUACGUUACAAAUGCUGGCUGCAACACAGGAACUCAUUCAGAUAUGUUAAAUUGCCUCCGCAAAAAGCCAGUAGAAGAUUUAACUCUCGGAUAUACUAUCUUCCUGACUAACUUUGUACCAGCUGUAGAUUUAGAGUUUUUGCUAGAAGACCCUAUAAAGUUAUCUGAAUCUCGAACUUCCGCUGGAAAGGUAGCUAUGGCAUUCUAUUCGGAAUUAGAUCUUUUAAUUGGCGUGUUAAGCCAGGAUGGGGCAUAUGCACGAGGACGCUGGGAAGGGGAAAACAUAAAUGGAGUGUCAAGGUCUUACUUUGUGGAAUCUUUCGUACCAAAUUUGUUGCGCGACAUAAUCAACAAACCAUCACCCGUGCUUAUAGAUUCUGUGUUAAAACAGUACACGGACUGGUCAAGACCAAAUGACAAAUUGAUUAUAAGAGAAAAAGUCAUUGAUUUAGAAUCUGACAUUACUUUUUUCAUUCCUGCGAUACACGCUUCCAGGAAACAUGUUCAGAUAAUGGGAGAAAAUAGUACCGAGAGAAAUAAUACUUACUUCUAUGUGUUUGACCAUAAACCAGACUUUGCGCCGGAUCCAGAAUGGCUGACGGGAGCUACACAUGCAAUGGAACUGCCUUACAUAUUUGGUUUUACCAAAGCUCUAGAGAUAAAGAUGACAAUGGACUAUGACGCAAUUAGCCCCUUCGUAGCUUCAGAGGAAGACAUACAAUUUUCCAAAAAACUUAUGACAUUUUGGACGGAUUUUGCGAAAACAGGAAAUCCGAAUCUUGGCGAAGCAGAAGGACCUGAUAGACUUAAAGAAACAGUUCUCCCAGAAUGGCCUCCGUAUUUACCAGAUACUCAGUUGUAUUUGGAAUUGAGUCCUAAUAUGUCGUCACAGUCAGUGAAACACCAUUUUGUUGCGUCACGUGUAGCAUUCUGGGAAAACAUGACAUCUUUGUUGAAAGACUGCUGUUCAGGUUCUGUUUCCUGCCACUUUUCAAAUACAUACUGGUAUACGGAGUGUUUAAUGAUAUACUUGCACAUGUCAGUCAUAUAUUUGAUAUAUUUGAUAGUUAAAUGAAAACCUACAAAACAAGGUGAGUCAUACAACAUGACUGAAUGGGAUAUUUCACAUAAAAGACGUUUGGUUUUAAUAAUCAUUAAAGUUAAACGACGAUACAAUAUACCAUAAUACCUUGCACGUUCACAUCCUCACAAUGCCACGGGUCAGCCCCUUUAUGUUCUAACAAACCAUUCCGAAAGGCCUAUGUACUUCAUGCCUUUCCAAAGGCAGAACAACCAACAAAAGAAACACCAUUUACGGCCAGAAAACAGGACAGGAGACACAUAUCAAACAGUUCAGUUCAAGAGGGCAUAAAAGGAUUUGCAAAUCAUGGAGUCGUAAAAUCGAUGAUAUCCUUUGCAUUAUUGUAGACUUGUCGGUUUAUCAGACAUGAUACAUCAAUCUGCCAAAAUAGUUGUCAGUAUCUCUGGAAGGAAUAUAUUGAAAUCCGAAAUAUUCAAUGUCAGCCGAUAAAUCGCCAUUCAAGAACUUCUGUAUUGCUACUAAGGUCAGAAGACGGCGAUGUAAUUUGGUAAAAAAAACGUACGAUUUCGUCUUUAUUAUAUCUUUAUACAUGUAUAUACAUAAUAGUUACUGGUUACACAACAACGUGGAAAUUUCAGACUAUUUAAGGUUAACUUUAGCUAUCUUGAAAAUACAUUUAAAAUCAAUUUGGUAAUAACAUGUUCAAGAGGUCUAUGGCAAACAGGAUGCAGAACGGAAAUUUUAGAUAUUUGUCUGAUUACUUAUUGAAUGAAAAAUGCAUUACACUUCAGAUUCAGCAUAUAAUUUGUUGUUAUUAUUUUUCAUCUAUCUUUAUACACGUGCAAAAGCGAUAAGACAGAACGUUUAUCUAAAUAUCUGGUUUGCUUGAGUUUGAUGCAGAACUCCGACAUGAACAUUGAUACCUCAGUAUUCACUCCUAACCGUCGACACGAA